GUCAGUUGUAGUAGAUGGCGCACUUGGACUAGUGAACUGAAGUUAAAGGAGCGAUCGAUUUUGUAGUUCUGCAAUGUUGAGUGUGAAGUUACAGAUGGCGAUGAAGUAAUAUGUAAAAUUAACUAAAUUAUUAAGGUUAAAUGCAAACAAAUAUUGUUUGUUAUGACUGAAUAUUCUUCAAAAUGAUUCUUCGUGCAACAAUGUGUUAUAUUAUUGGUCGAUUGCUAUAGUGUGUUGAAAACUAAACAGCGUCUUGUAUUGCUUUUCUUAUUUUUCUUUAAAAAAUGAGAGUGACAGAUUUUGCUUGAUUGAAUUAUUUAUUUAAUUCAUAAAACUAGCAUUGAUUGUCAACUUAAACUCCAGAAUCAUAAUUUAUGGUUUUAUAUUUUGCUAUGGGUAGAAAUUGACACGGAGAGAAUCAUCACAAACGUUUCUUGUUGUUUCUACUUCCAACAUACUGAUCAUGAUUUGUGCAAAGUAACAUUGCAUUUUAUGAUAAAAUAAAAACCUGUACAAGUCUACUGUAUAUACAGAAUAUAUAUUUCUAAUUAAUUCGAGCAAACAAUAAAUAAAACUUUAUAAACCUACUAAGAAAACAAUUUUCUAUUGGAACCAUAUAUUAUUUAUAGUUUGAGGAUGAAUUAUAUCAAAUGAAGCAAAUGUUUAGCCAACAAAUUCCUGGUGGCCCUGCUAUGGACCCAUUUUAUUCUUCUCCUUUCUCAUCCUAUUUUAGGAGACAAACACCUUAUUUUGGACAACCUGAUUACAGAAUCUAUGAAAUGAACAAGCGCUUGCAACAGCGAACUGAUGAUAGUGAUAGUCUGUGGUGGGAUGCUUUUGCUACUGAGUUUUUCGAAGAUGAUGCCACAUUAACGUUAACAUUUUGUUUAGAAGAUGGUCCGAAACGUUAUACCAUUGGACGAACACUAAUUCCACGUUAUUUUCGAAGUAUAUUUGAAGGUGGCGUCUCAGAUUUAUCGUUUAAUUUAAAACAUCCUAAAGAAUCUUUUCAUAAUACUAGUAUCACUCUAGAUUGUGAUCAGACAACAAUGAUUACAUAUCAUGGAAAACCAAUGUAUAAUAAAGGACUUGGUGGCCAGUAUCCUAAUGAUCCAAUGAAAGACCAAAUUGUAAAGGAUAAUGCGGUUGUGGUUUGUACAGAAGGGAGGUUAAUUCUUGAAUUUACAUUUGAUGACCUCAUGCGAAUUAAAUCAUGGCACUUUGCAACAAGACAACAUCGUGAAUUAGUUUCACGUAGUCUCAUUGCAAUGCAGAUGUCCCUUCAUAUGGAGGCCCAACAGCAAGAUCCUGUUCUUUUGGAACAGUUGUCCAAAAAUAUCACUAGACAAGGCUUAACAAACUCAACAUUAAAUUAUUUACGUUUAUGUGUUAUCUUAGAGCCAAUGCAAGAGCUUAUGUCAAGACAUAAAGCAUAUGCUUUAAGUCCAAGGGAUUGUCUCAAAACUACUUUGUUCCAAAAGUGGCAGCGUAUGGUGGCUCCACCAGAAACCCAACGCCCUCCUAGUAAAAGACGUAAACGAAAAUCUUCUGCUGCUAAUAGUGGUGGAGCUAACAUUGGUGCAAAGAAGAAGAAUAUAUCACCCGGUCCUCCAAACUUUACUCUUGCUUCUCAGGAUGUUAUGGUUGUCGGGGAGCCAUCAUUAAUGGGAGGUGAAUUUGGUGAUGAAGAUGAGAGGCUCAUUACAAGACUAGAAAACACUCAAUAUGAUGCCUCUGCCGCUGCUGCGGCGGCAGCAAAUGGUUUAGAAGAAAGUGAAGAUUUUGCCACAAAUCCUAUAACUUCUGCUCCAAGUACUACCGUGGGGCCUCCUCCAUCAACAACUUGGUCAGGUCCUCCAUCAUCUGGUGCACCUUCAACAGAACGCCCCCCUGUUACAGCCCCAUCCACAAGCUCUCAACCUGCAAGCCAGGAGGAGAAAAAACAGUCACCUAAUUUAAGCCAGUAAUCUUUAGUAAUUGCAGUUGUUAAUUUUCUGUGACUGAGUUAUUGUAUCCAUUAAAACUGAUUGUACAAGUUGAGAAAAAUAUUCAGUACUAAUACUGUGAAAUAUAA